CUGUUUGGCUCUGUGUUAUCGCUUCAGUUAAACAGCGAGGCGACGGGAACGAGCCGACUGCCGAACGGGAACACCGAUUUACCGACAGACGAACCCGAAUAGGAUUGAUUAUCGACUACGGCUCGAUAGGGCCAGGAUGUCCGGCGAGGUGCAGAGAGUAGACGACAGCCCCAGCACCAGCGGAGGAAGCUCCGAUCUGGAGCAGAGAGAAACGGCGCCCGCUGAACGGGAGCGUGAAUCCGCCCAGCCCAAAAAGAAAGAGACCAAGAUCUCCAGCAAAACGGCAGCGAAACUCUCCACCAGCGCCAAGAGAAUUCAGAAGGAGCUUGCGGAGAUCACUCUGGAUCCACCACCCAACUGCAGUGCUGGUCCUAAAGGAGACAACAUUUACGAGUGGAGAUCCACCAUCCUGGGGCCGCCGGGCUCCGUGUAUGAAGGCGGGGUGUUCUUCCUGGACAUCGCGUUUACACCGGAUUAUCCUUUUAAACCACCAAAGGUAACGUUUCGUACGAGGAUCUACCACUGUAACAUCAACAGUCAGGGUGUGAUCUGUCUGGACAUCCUGAAGGACAACUGGAGUCCUGCUCUCACCAUCUCGAAAGUGCUGCUGUCCAUCUGCUCCCUGCUCACUGACUGUAACCCAGCCGAUCCUCUCGUCGGGAGCAUCGCCACACAAUAUCUGACCAACAGAACGGAACACGACAGAAUAGCCAAACAGUGGACGAAGAGAUACGCCACAUAAGAAGAAGUCUCCCCCCCAUCCGACCCCUCACUAUGAAUUCUCCCUCUUUCUGUCCACACCGUACCUGUCUACCUCUAUCCCUGAUUUCUCAGAGCACACUCACCAAGUGCAACAAGUAUAUCGAUCCCAGCCGCUUUCAGUAAACAGAAACUGUCUCUUUUUGUUCCUCGUUUACUUGAAAGCACCUUUUUUUAUAUCCACAGAGUAGACCGCGAUUUUAUUCUCCCAUGAUCUGAAUGUUUAAUUGAUUCUAGGAGGGAAAAUGUUGUUGUUAUUAUUAUAAUUAUUAUUAUUAUUGAUGUUGCUAAACUUCAUGUAUGUUUAUCUUGCUUCCUCAAUAGCAUCAGGAACAAAUACAGACGCCAAACACACUACCGUGCUUUUUUUCUGACGCAGGUCGCUCAUGGUAUUUGCAUGUAACAGGAUGGUGAUUUACAUCUUCCGUAAUACGAAGCUCUGCUCUGUUUGUAAUGUAUUUUUUAAGAAACGCUGUCUGCGGCGGUCACUGGGAAGCCAGGUCCUGCAGAUGGACUGAUGGGAAAUCAGAUUUGUAUAUAGCUGUGUAACUUGUCUGAAUGUUUUGUGUAUGGCUUCAUGAACAAACAUCUAAUAAACACUGUGGCUCAAAUGUUA